UGGUAGCUUUCAACAAGUGUUCCGUGCCAACGGAUAGGCCUGCUCUCAUAGUUUGCUCAUGCAAAAACUGAAAACUUAGUUUGUUCUACUUCAAAGAGCUAAAAGCUAGACUAAAGACUAUCUUCGGAGCUAUGGCUCUACUCAGUGCGACUGUAUCCAUUUUACUUCUUUAUGUCAGCAUCACCAAUGGACAAAACACUGGUGUGAGGGUGGUGUUUGACUCGGUGACCCCAAACUCGUACACAGUGAUAGAAAAUGCUGAGGAACUGAUGGUGUGCAUCAGAGUGGAGGGAACCAUCAAUCAACAGUUCUCUGUCACCCUCAACACGUUUAGCGCUGGAAGUGCCAUUGCAGGUGGUGUUGACUAUACUGACACCACGGCAACACACACGUUCAUCCCAUUCUCCACCCUUACCCGCUGCACGACCAUUACUAUUAAUGAUGACAACAUACUCGAGGGAACUGAGUUCUUUUUUAUCUCUGUCUCCUCUGACGAUUCCUCAGUUGAAAUUCCUCCGCUGGCAACUGUUUCCAUCACAAAUGAUGACACCGUGGUGAUUGGUUUUAACCAGACGAGCUACUCUACAAUAGAGGGGAUCCCAGGCAAGAUGUGUGUGGUCAUUGUCAGUGGGUCUAUUGCGAGGAGUGUGUCAUUCAUUGUGACACAGACAGGAGGAACUGCUUCAGGUGAUGACUACAUACCAGGACCUCUUACUGGUAGCAUCACGGUAGCCGAUGAGCCAGUGUGUGUGAACCUUCCCCUCAACAAUGACAGCAUUGUAGAGGACACAGAGACAGUCUUGCUCACUGUGAACAGUGCGGACUCACCAACAACAGCCACCACCACACUGAACAUUCUCGAUGACGAUGGUGUGACUGUACAACUGGCCUCGACUCAGUUGAGUGUAGUUGAGGGAAACAGUGGAACCUCUUCUCUUUCACUCUGUGUCCUUCUGACUAACGUACAGAAUAACUUGGAUAGGGACGUGACCCUACUGAUGAACACACAGCCAUCAUCAGCAGAUACGAGUGAUUUUGUCUCUCUUGUGGAUCAACCCCUCACUAUUCCCAUGACAACAGGCCUCUUUGAAAAUGUUUGCUUUCAAUUAGCUGUAAACGGAGAUACAGUUUGUGAGCAGAGUGAGUUGUACUCGGUCAGUGUGACCCCUAUGAACCCUCUGGACAUGGUGACGGGGCUAGCCGAGGUUGAUAUUACAAUUCUGGAUGAUGGAGAUUCUAUUGAAGACUGUGGUCCGCUGUCUGUUGCCAGUGGCACAGUCCAGUACACUGCCACUACCCGCGGCUCGGUUUCCACCUAUACCUGCGCGCCAGGAUUCAUUCUGGAGGGGGUGGAGUCUCGGACCUGUGAGGCCACGGGAUCAUUGUGUUUAGGACUGUGGUCAGGGAGUCCCCCCACCUGCAGAUUGGCUAACUGUGGACUCCUCCCUUCUCUAAGCAAUGGGGAAGUUAGUUUUUCAGCGACCACUUUCAACUCGGUAGCUUCCUACACUUGUGACUUGGGUUACAUCCUUAUUGGAGAAACCAGUCGCAUGUGUCAGCUGGACGAACAAUGGUCUGGUGAUGCACCCACUUGUGACGUUGUACAAUGCCCUUCGAUCUCAGCCCCUGACAAUGGAGGUCUAAUCUUUACCAACGGCUUUAUCUUCAGCUCUCUGGCUAGAUACAGCUGUGAGGGAGGCUACGAUAUCAGUGGAGCAAGCAUCCGGAUCUGUAGAUCUACUGGACUUUGGAGUGCCAUUGCACCCACAUGUCAACCUGUUGACUGCAUGGGACUCAAUAAUCCGGCCAAUGGGAUGGUAGCUCUGUCCGGUACCACUUUCACACACACGGCCACGUACUCAUGCCUCAGUGGGUUUGCUCUGAUUGGGCAGGAUACUAGACAGUGUCUGGCAACUCGGCUGUGGUCUGGAGAGGAACCAACGUGUGUCGUUGAGUGUGGUGACCUUCCUAUCCCAAGCAACGGUGCUGUGAGUUACAGCGACACCACCCUCAUCAACUCCGUAGCAACCUUCACCUGUAGCGAGGGUUACAUAGUGACUGGAGACUCCACCCGAACCUGCCUACUCACUGGGAUGUGGUCUGGCAUCCAGCCAUCUUGUGAACCUGUUGAUUGUCCAUCUCUAUCGGAUCCCCUCAAUGGACAGGUCCACCUCACCACCACCACUCUGAGCUCCAUAGCCAGCUAUUCUUGUGACCAGGGUUUUGCUCCCAGCUCAACAGAGGAUCGGCUCUGCCAGACUACUGGACAGUGGUCUGGUUCACCACCAGUGUGUACAAGAGUAGACUGUGGUCCUCUUGCUGACCCUCAGUUUGGUUUCGUCACCCUGACUCCUGGUACUGACUUUGGGUCUGUUGCCGCCUAUGCCUGCAAUACUGGCUACGAGCCAAGUAGUACCACAGACCGGACUUGUCUCGGGUCGGGGGUGUGGUCUGGAGACAUGCCCACCUGCUCACUUAUUGACUGUGGAACACCUAGCUCCUUAAACAAUGGCGGACAAGUCACAGUCUCCCUCACCACCUUCGGCUCAUUAUCAGUGUACACUUGCCUCUCUGGCUAUGUUCUCAGUGCUCCGUCCUCAAUCCGUUCCUGUAUGGAGAAUGGGAACUGGUCAGGAUUGGAUCCAACCUGUGAUCCUGUUGACUGUGGUCCCCGGGCUAGUCCCAUCAACGGUCAGGUAGAGAUCACCCCCUCGACAACCUUCACCUCCACGGCAACUUACAGCUGCACCAACGGCUAUGAUCUCGUCGGAAUAACGGAGAGAGUGUGUGAGGCUGAUGGUGAUUGGUCGCUGCAGGGGUCACCUGACCCUGUCUGCAAUCCUGUUGACUGCGGUCAGCUGACGUCGCCUAGUAACGGUUUGGUCACUGUUUCAGUCACCACUUUCCUUUCCGAAGCUAUGUAUUCGUGCAGCAAUGGUUAUAUUUUGAUGGGUGUCGUCUCAAGAACAUGCACGGCUGAUAGAAACUGGUCUGAUGCUGAACCAACUUGUGAACCUGUAGUGUGUCCCAGCCUGAGCAACCCAGCCAAUGGUGUUGUUGAUCUCAGCCAGGGCACCAGUCUAAAUGCAGUGGCCACUUACUCCUGUAAUGUUGGUUACAGACUGGAGGGAACAGGACAACGAACCUGUGGUCCCGAGGGGGGGUGGUCUGACACUCAACCUGUGUGUGAAGAGGUGACUUGCCCUGAUGAUCGAGUGGACCCGAUCAAUGGGGCUAUUCAGAUUAUGACAGGACUAAAUUUUGGCUCCCUCGUCACCUACCUGUGUGACCCGACUUAUGCCCUCAUUGGUACUUCCACCCAGACAUGUGCGGCCAAUGGACUUUGGACCGACGAACCACCCACAUGCCAGAUGAUCGGUUGCCCCGACAGAGCUAACCCAAUCAAUGGGACAUCUAUUCGGUUAACGGCCAAUGUUGUCCAGUUCUCAUGUGAUCGUGGAUUCACUCUGAGUGACUCCAUCCUUGCGUUUAGUCAGUGUGAACCAACAACUGGGUUGUGGUCAGGCCCAGUGCCCAGCUGCAUUAUUGAGGACUGUGGACCACCCCCUGCUAUCUCUGAUGGUACAGUGGACUCUACUGGCACAGUCUAUCUCUCUGAGGCUGCUUAUAGUUGUGAGACAGGAUUCAGAGUACAACCUCUGGCCAGCUCUGUGAGAGUGUGUGAGGUGGGAGGGGUGUGGUCAGGAGAGAAUGGAGCAUGUCAACCUGUAGAUUGUGGUUCAUUGAGUAAUCCGACCAAUGGCAUGGUGAGCCUUGACUCCACCCUUAGGGGUUCCGUAGCUGCCUAUUCUUGUCAGGACAACUACACUCUGGAGGGCGUGGCCCUGCUAGUGUGCAUGGAUAAUGGGGAGUGGUCAGAGGAGGAGCCUCUCUGUGAAGACACUGAUGAGUGUACCCUGGGGCACGACUGUGACCAGGUGUGUACCAAUACUGAGGGGGGCUACGAGUGCAGCUGUGCUGUCGGGUACAGGCUGUCCGGGUUCUCACGCUGCGAAGACAUUGACGAGUGUUUGUCCAACAAGGGAGGGUGUGCUCAACUCUGUGUGAAUAACCAGGGCUCCCGGGAUUGUGACUGUCUCCAAGGAUUUGCACUAGACCAAGACAAUGUCAACUGUAGUGAUAUUGAUGAGUGCUUCUUGUCGAAGGACAACUGUCACAGCAAUGCCUCCUGUACCAACACACUGGGAGAGUUCAGCUGCUCCUGUCAGCAGGGCUUCCAGGGAGAUGGUCGAACUUGUAUAGAUAUUGAUGAGUGUGCUCUCGGAAAUGACAGCUGUUCACAAUUUGCCACAUGUUCCAAUACCGAGGGUAACUACACCUGCUCCUGUUUGGAUGGGUUUACUGGAGAUGGACAAGAUUGUCAGAAUAUAGAUGAGUGUAUGGAGGGUGGUGUGAGCUGUGCCCAGAAUGGAGUGUGCACGGACAAUGAGGGCAGCUAUGACUGCUCUUGUGCACAGGGGUUCAUCGGGGACGGUACCAUCAACUGCACUGAUAUUGACGAGUGUGAUAGUAGCCUUGACAAUUGUCAUGACUUUGCCAUCUGCUCAAACACAAUUGGCAGCUUCUCUUGCUCAUGUGACGAAGGCUUCGCUGGGAAUGGCAUCAGCUGUAAUACUGUAGAUUGUGGUUCAUUGAGUAAUCCGACCAAUGGCAUGGUGAGCCUUGACUCCAUCCUUAGGGGUUCCGAAGCUGCCUAUUCUUGUCAGGACAACUACACUCUGGUGGGCGUGGCACUGCGAGUGUGCAUGGACAAUCGGGAGUGGUCAGAGGAGGAGCCUCUCUGUGAAGACACUGAUGAGUGUGCCCUGGGGCAAGACAACGACUGUGACCAGGUGUGUAUCAACACUGAGGGGGGCUACGAGUGCAGCUGUGUUGUCGGAUAUAGGCUGUCCGGGUUCUCACGCUGCAAAGAUAUUGAUGAGUGUGCUCUCGGUGACAGGUGUUCACAAUUUGCCACAUGUUCCAAUACUGAGGGUAACUACACCUGCUCCUGUUUGGAUGGGUUUACUGGAGAUGGACAAGAUUGUCAGAAUAUAGAUGAGUGUAUGGAGGGUGGUGUGAGCUGUGCCCAAAAUGGAGUGUGCACGGACAAUGAGGGCAGCUAUGACUGCUCUUGUGCACAGGGGUUCAUCGGGGACGGUACCAUCAACUGCACUGAUAUUGACGAGUGUGAUAGUAGCCUUGACAAUAAUUGUCAUGACUCUGCCAUCUGCUCAAACACAAUUGGCAGCUUCUCUUGCUCAUGUGACGAAGGCUUCGCUGGGAAUGGCAUCAGCUGUAAUAAUAUCAACGAGUGCGAGGUAGGGAUGCAUGGUUGCCAUGCCAAUGCCGAGUGUAUGGAUACUGAUGGUAGCUUCACCUGUUCAUGUAGAGAAGGGUUCACUGGAGAUGGAAUCAACUGUACAGAUCAGUGUCAAGCCAUAUUCCAGGUAGUGUUAGGAGGAGUGGUGGAUUGUAGCACUUGGAGGCUUGAUGAUACUAAUCCCAAGCUAAACGACACCGCCAUGCAAGUAGCCACAGAGAUACAACAAUCUUGUACGGACUGUUCGCUCGGAGUGACCCAAAUCACAAAUGGAGAGUUCAACUGUUUGACGGAAGACACACCUGAUCAAGUUACCUAUCGUGCUAAGCUCCAUGGCAACACAGACUCGGAUUGUGACGAUCUGAUCGAAGAUAUUGAAUCAUGGGUCCAAGGCGCUCAAGCGUCCAUUUCUGUGCAGGGUAAUAGGCUGAGGAUAGCUGCAAACUGUGAGAUUGGCGUGGAUACGUUUACCUCUCCUCUUGAAUGUGUAUCGGAGACGACAAUGAGCGUGACAACUCUUCGUCUGGGUGCAUCCGAGGGUAUAUCCAUACCGCUAGUAGCUGGGGCUGCAGCUGGAGGUGUGGUACUGAUGAUAGUGGUGCUUGUUGUGGUGAUUGUCGUGGUGUCUUUGCUGUCUGCAUCAAGGAGAAAGAGAAAGAGUGUUGAGAUACCCACCCGUUUCGUGGACAACCCUACAGCCAAUGAUUACACCAACUUCACCCCACACCCUUUCGGGGAGGUCCACAACCCCGUCUCCCCCAGCAACUCAAAUGUCCACCGCCCACUCAUUCCACAAACAUCCCUUUCAAAUUUCGGACAGAAUAAUGACCUACGAAAAUCUUCAUUCAACCCUCAGGGCGAUGUCGUUCCAAUGCUGGGUCGCUCGUACAGCACACUGUCUCGAGACCGAAACAAGAUAAAGCCAGUCUGUGCUGAACCUCAGGAGGAACAAAUGCAGGAAGAUUUGUACGACAGUGUGUACGACGGCAGUAAUGUAACCAUGACGACCAACGUCGCUGAUGUAGGGCCCGAGGUGGAGGAAAUGUACGAUACAAGCAUAGGAAUCAAAGCAGAUGAGAUUUAUGAUGCAGUGGCCGAGGAUGAGCCAGAAGAUACUUUUAAUGACUCUUUCGAAAGUUCAGGUGACGAAUCAAUCUACGAUAAAGCUGAUCUUGGACUGGACAUUAACUUUUAGUUCCCAUUAUAUAUUACCCUCACAUUCCAUUAAUUAUAGAAUUUAUUUUUCACACAUCAAUCUUCUUUUGUAGAGAAAUUCACUGGAAAAAUUGGUGGAUGUUAUAAUUGGGCAAUUUGGCGGAUUAUAAUUUUUUUAUAUCGAAGAGCGCUAAAU